AUGAUCCUCGGACCGGUAUCACUGCUCGACUGUCUGGUCUUUGUCAUCUUCCUGACGCCGCAGCUCCUCAUCAAUGUCGGUUUCUUCCCAACGGUAGUGGUCACUCUGAAGAUGCUGCCUUUUCUCGUGUUUCAACUGCCGACGUCCCUGUUCCACGAGCGAUAUCUACUCAGCCACGAUGAGCAGUCGCCUUUUGUGCAGCGCGCGAGUUUCUUCGAAGAUUUAGUCAUACGCUGCGUGCGUUACGCCUUUGCAAACUUGCCAACCAAUAUUGGACGUGUCUUCUUUUCAAAGUACAUAUCUCUGCCGUUUCUGCGGUUUCGAAUGCUGCGGCAUGGCUAUCUCAGGCCACCUGCGACCUGGAGUGAGCACAAGGAAAAGGGCCAACACGGCUUCGAAGGGGUUUGGAUCCAAAAGGAUGCGUCACAACCGCCCGACAUUGUGGUAUACUACGCCCACGGAGGCGGUUUCGCCAUGGGCUCCGCGUACUUUUACCUCGAGUUUCUUCUGUCGUGGCACUCGUUACUCGUCCAAGCCGGCUACCGGAACCCUGCCAUAUUCUCUCUCGAGUACACCCUCGUGCCCGAUAAAAUGUACCCAAGGCAAAUGUACGAGACUUUGAGGGGCUAUAAGCAUGUCCUGAAAAAAGUUGGAGACCCUCGGAGGGUGGUCGUUGCAGGAGACUCAGCGGGAGCAACCCUGAUAUUGACGCUGUUGCUGGAGCUGGGUCACAUGAACGAGGCCCGGGCAUUCAAGGAAAAGAGUGACGAUUCCACCGCAUCUGAAGGUCGAAGUCAGGAGCAGUUGCGUCAAGCCUCAGAGUCCCCGCUUCCAGGGCUUUGCGUCUUGAUUUCGCCGUGGGCCAAGCUCAUCUCCAACAAGCAUGAAAAUACGGCCAGCGACUUUCUGGAUCGCGACACGCUAUGGAAAUACGCGGUGCAGUAUGCUGGGGCAGCGCAUGUCUACGACAAGACCGCGUCGCCUGGGCAGUGCGCCGAUCCUCGGGUGUGGGCGGAAGCUAGUCCACUUUGUGGCUUCUUCGUCACGUACGGAUCAGAAGAGGUGUUCGCACCCGACAUCAAGGACCUGAUUAACGUCUUGGUCAAAAGUACCGAGGUCGACAGUCGUAGCGAGGAUGGCGGGAUACACGCCUGGCCCGUUGUUUCGUUAUUCCUGUCAAGCACCGAAGACAAGAGACUCAAGGGUCUGCGGACACUCACGUCAGCCAUCAGAAAACACAUCCAGUAG